AUGUUCGCGGCUUGCGCGCCGAGCGUGCCGGCGUCCCGCGGGUGGGGCGUGCCGCGCGGCUUGGGCGCCGGACACGCGUCCGAGAGGCCAUGUGGGCCAGGCGUGGAGAUGCCACGUGGUCGAGCAGCUGGCCUGGUUUGCCUCGCCAUGCUGCCGCAGCGAGGCCGCAACUUGCAGGUGAAUCGUGAGCUUUACCAGAAGUUGCUUCACAGCUCGCCAGAGGUGCCGAUGCUCAUGCGAUGCGGGGGAACCUCCGCCGUUCCGCCCGUUGCCCCAAGGCGGUGCUCGGCCUUUGUGAGGAGCAGCUUGGAUGGUGUGAACCUCUCUGCUGCACUGCAUCAAUUGGCGCUCAAAAGCAGACGCGCUGGCACAGCCACGAGCGCUUGUGGUGCUUUGGUCUCCGAUCCACGCUUCGCACAGUUGAUGAACUCUCUCCUGCAGGUUUUGCCAUCCUUGGAGGCACAGAACCUGGCCAGAACCGCGUGA